UUUGUUUGAGAGACACAAGCUGCUCUUCUCCUUCAACAUGACCAUCAAGAUUGAACAGGCAGAAGGAAGGUCACCUCAGGAGGAGUUGGAGUUCUUCAUCAAGGGUAAUCUAUCGCUGGAAAAGAGCACCCGCAAAAAGCCUUUUGACUGGCUUGGAAACCAAGGCUGGGAGGACAUAGUGAAACUAGCUGAGCUGUUUCCCCCGCAGUUUGGCUCUCUGCCGGACGACGUGGAGAAAAAUUCCACUGAAUGGAAGUCUUGGUAUGACCUAGAUGCACCAGAACAAGCUCCAUACCCCAUGAAAUAUCAGGAGAACCUUUCAGCCUUUCAGAAGCUGCUGUUGCUGCGCUGCUUCCGUGUUGAUAGAGUCUACAGAGCUGGGACUGACUAUGUCACUGUCACCAUGGGCGAGAAAUAUGUGCAGCCCCCUGUGAUCAACUUUGAUGCCAUUCAUGAACAAAGCACACCCUUCUCCCCCAUUGUGUUCAUCCUGAGCCCCGGCUCUGACCCAGCCACUGACCUCAUGAAACUAGCAGAGAGGUCCGGCUUUGAAGGCAACAAGUUCAAGUUCCUUGCUAUGGGCCAAGGCCAAGAGAAGGUGGCACUGCAGUUGCUGGAGAUGGCGGUGUCCCGGGGUCAGUGGCUGAUGCUGCAGAACUGCCACCUGCUGGUAAAGUGGCUAAAGGAUCUGGAGAAAUCCUUAGAGAUGAUCACCAAGCCCAACCCCAACUUCCGCCUGUGGGUCACCACUAACCCUAUUACAGAUUUCCCCAUCGGCAUCCUGCAAAAGUCUCUAAAGGUGGUGACGGAGCCUCCCAAUGGCCUGAAGCUGAACAUGAGAGCCACAUACUCUAAAAUCUCCCGUGAGACCUUGGCGUCAUGUCCUCACCCAGCCUUCCGCAGCCUGGUGUAUGUGCUGGCCUUCUUCCACGCUGUGGUGCAAGAGAGGCGCAAGUACGGCAAGAUUGGCUGGAACGUCCCCUACGACUUCAAUGAGUCUGACUUCUCCGUGAGUAUGGAGAUCCUGAACACCUACCUGACCAAAGCUCACAACCAAGAAGAUAGCGAUAUCCCAUGGGGAAGUCUCAAAUACCUUAUUGGGGAGGUGAUGUAUGGUGGGCGAGCCAUCGAUAGCUUUGACCGCAGGAUCCUGACCGUCUACAUGGACGAGUACCUUGGAGACUUCCUGUUCUACACCUUUCGGCAGUUCAACUUCUUCAGCAACAAGGACGUAACUUACAAGAUCCCUCAAAACGGGCCUGAGAGCUCAUAUACUGAUGAGAUUGAGAACCUGCCGAUGGCCAACACACCAGAAGUGUUGGGUCUGAAUUCCAAUGCAGAGAUAGGAUACUACACUCAGGCAGCGAAAGACAUGUGGAGUCACCUAAUAGACCUGCAGCCUCAGACAGGUGACUCUGGUGGAGGCAUCAGCAGGGAUGAGUUUAUCAGCCAGGUGGCCCAGGACAUUCAGAACAAGCUGCCUCAGUUAUACGACAUAGACGUGAUCUGUAAAAAGUUUGGCACGGACAUUUCACCGACCUCAGUGGUGCUGCUUCAAGAACUGGAGCGCUUCAACAAGCUAGUGGUCUGCAUGCAGCGCUCUCUGUUCGAGCUGCAAAGGGCUUUGUCUGGAGAGGUGGGUAUGAGCAGCGAGUUGGAUGAGGUCGCUCGGGCUCUUUUUAACGGUCACAUCCCUGCUAUCUGGAAGAAGUUGGCUCCUGACACUCUCAAGUCCCUCGGCAACUGGAUGAUCCAUUUCAAGAGGCGGUAUGAACAGUAUAGCUACUGGGUGGAGAAGGGAGAGCCAAAGGUGAUGUGGCUGUCUGGACUCCACAUCCCAGAGUCCUACCUGACUGCCCUGGUUCAAACCGCUUGCAGGAAAAAUGGUUGGCCUCUGGACCUUUCCACGCUGUACACAGAGGUCACUCAGUACCGCAGUGAGGACGAGAUUAGUGACAAACCUGGACAGGGUUGCUAUGUGUCUGGCCUGUAUCUAGAGGGAGCCGACUGGGACAUGGAGAAUGGCUGUCUGGUGAAGAGUCAACCAAAGGUUCUGGUUGUUGAACUUCCCAUCCUCAAAGUCAUCCCCAUAGAAGCUAGUCGCCUGAGAUUACAGAAUACAUUACGGACACCAGUGUACACCACUUCUCUGCGCAGGAAUGCAAUGAGUGUGGGGUUGGUGUUUGAGGCAGACCUGUUCACCACCAUGCACCUCUCCCACUGGGUGCUCCGGGGCGUCUGUCUAUGCCUCAACUCUGACUGAAGAUGGGCUUCAUUGAGCUGUUCAGCUUUCACACAGUUUGUUCAGACAUGCUGAUUAUUCAUAAUUAAUAGCAGCUUUCUUUAAGAGAAAACACACUUUACCUUUGAUUUAUUGGAAAACAAAUCAGUUAUGAGAAAAGAGUUUUAAAAGUUGAUAGAUGCACAAAAGAAAACUGCAAUUUUGACUUGUAUUUUUUUACAUUUUUGUAUCACUAGAUGGCAGCAGACAUCAGUACUGAGCUCUUCACUCUGGGCAGUAGCAACAGGGGUUUAUUUUGGCUGCUACAGUGCGCUAAAGUGCCAGCAGGCUAUGGUGGCUCAUCUUUCAGGCCUACUAGUCUUUUACCUUUGUAUUUAUGAAUAAAUGUUUGCAGAUAAUUUAAAA